UGAGUCAAUGCUGAGUCAGAAUAUUUGUCAACAAUUUGUUGUUUACUCUUUGGUGUUUCGCCUAAUUCAGUUGAUACAUUAAAUUUUUUGUUUAAUUAGUGUUGAUUUAGUGACUAAUUGGUAGAAUGAGGAAGUUAGUCUACUUAUUUAUUUACUUAGUGAAUGCAAUUCCUGGAAUUGUGAUGCAAACCGGUGGUGUCGAUGGUGGAAAACCUGAGCUUGGAGGUGGACUCGCUACUGUUAAAGUGGAAAAGGCAGAGAUUGGAAUUGCCGACAAAGAUCAAUCUGGUCCAUUGAAAACGACUCCUCUUCAAUUUCCUCAGUAUAGUAGCAACAUCUUGGAGGUCGAUCAGCAACAGAAAGUGAUCUUGAAAUUUUCUUUGAAAGAUACAAAUUCAAAUGAGCCUUUAACUGCCCACCAAGUUUUCGUCCAGGUUUUGAAUGAUGAAAGUAAAAAAGAACACGUUUAUGUAGCGGAAAUGGAAACUGGCACCGACACUUAUAAAUUUGAUCUCAAUUUAGCCCAACGAGGAAAAGAUUUGGGCUUCAAUUCUGGUCUUUAUCAUAUCUCUUUGAUCGUAGGUGAUUCGAUGAUCAAUAAUCCGUUCGUUUGGAAAUUAGCCUCAGCUCGAGUGACAUUUACUUCUGGUCAAGCACAAGCCCUUCAAGAUAAAGGUCCAUGGAUGAAGUCGACUUACAGUCCAAAACCAGUGAUUAAUCACAUUUUCCGUGAACAAGACAAGCGACCGCCGACCUUUGUAUCGGAUACUUUCGCAUUAUUAACCUUAGUACCAGUUUUGAUUCUGUUUGGAUUAUGGGCUAAACUCGGUGCGAAUCUUUCUGGUUUCUCAUUCUCUUUGAGUGGGUUACUUUUCCAUCUCGGGUUAGGUUCAAUCUUCGCCUUGUUUACAUGCCUGUGGCUCCAAUUGAACAUGUUCACCACAAUUAAAUACCUUUUGGGUCUCGGGCUCAUCACUUUUCUAUCCGGUCACAGUUUAUUAAGCAAAUUGGCGAGUAAAAAGGGCGACAAAUAGCUUUGUAAUUAAAUUAAUUAGUCUUUUUUCCUCAACAAUUAAAGAGUAUAUUUAUAUGACCAUUUUUAACCAAACAUAAA